AUGGCUUACAAACGAAAAUUUACCGGAUAUGAAAAAGAGAUGGAAUGUUUGAGAACUCUAGUAGAUGAAGUUGAGUCUUCUGAAGAAGAGAUUGAUCAAGAUAGUGAAAAUGAAUCUGAUGAAGAAAUAUUUAAUUCUCACGACAGCGAAAGUGAAUUUGAGAAGAAUGUUGAAGACGACAGAAAUCCUGAUUUAGUAAAAUGUAUUUUUAUUAACAAAAAUAACACAGUUUGGCAGAAAGGAAAACCAAAUCAAAAAGUGAAAACGUCUUCUCAAAAUAUAAUAACUCAUUUACCAGGAUUAAAAGGAACUACACGCAAUAUAACAGAGCCUCUAGAAAGUUGGGAAUUGUUUUUCAAUGCUAAAAUGAUACGAUUUAUUGUAGAGCGUACAAAUAUUUAUAUUGAAAAAAUAUCCCUAAAUUACACCAGAGAUCAAGAUGCCAAAACGACAAAUGAUGUGGAAAUUAGAGCACUUUUUGGCCUUUUAUAUCUGUGUAACUUGCUUAAAUCAUCACAUACAAAUACACAAGAUUUGUCGGCUACUGAUGGAUCAGGCACUGAAAUUUUACAGAACGCAAUGUCAUAUAAAAGAUUUAAUUUUCUCCUCGGGUGUUUACGGUUAGACAGUGUGACCAAUUGUGAAGCUCGCAAAAAAUUGGACAAACUGGCGGCUGUGAGAGAAUAUUUUGAUGAUUUCAAUGAAAAUUGCCAAAAGAUAUACAUUAUUGGUGAAUAUAUUACUAACGACGAAAAAUUGGAGAAAUUUCGAGGGCGGUGUUCCUUUCGUCAAUAUAUACCCAGCAGACCAGCAAAAUAUGGAAUAAAAAUAUUUGCCUUAAUAGAUUUAAGUACAUUUUACAGCUAUAACAUGGAGAUAUAUGUAGGACAACAGCCGGAAGGUCCCUUUAGAGUUGAAAAUUCACCAUUUGAAAUUACAAAACGCCUGUGCACCUCUUUGUUUGGAUCAGGCAGAAACGUAACAAUGGAUAAUUUAUAUACGAGUUAUCCUCUAGCAAAAGAACUUUUGUCAAAGAAGUUAACUGUUGUAGGAAACCUGGAGAAAAACAAGGCUGAAAUUCCCACCGAGUUCGUCCAAAUAAAAACUAGGAAAGUUUAUUCUUCUAUAUUUGGGUUCCAAAAGAACGCGACACUAGUAUCGUAUGUGCCUAAAAAAUCAAAAUGUGUAGUUUUGUUAUCUACAAUGCAUCACGAUGAUGCCAUUGAUGAAAGUGAUGAUACCAAGAAACCAGAAAUAAUUCACUUUUAUAAUGCAACAAAAGGUGGUGUAGACAAAGUUGAUGAAAUGUCAUCAUUAUAUUCGACAGCUCGAAAGACCAACAGAUGGCCGAUGGUUGUAUUUUAUUGUGUGUUGAACGUCGUUGUAAUAAAUGCCCGAGUUGCAUUUCGUUGUAAUAAAUGCCUGAGUUGCAUUAUUGUCAACAAAGACCCCUCCUUUACAGUAUCGAAAUAG